AUGAAUGACGGGUGUUCACGGCCAUACUGCUUUCCUGGCAAAAGAGGUAUCCAAAUCGGGAUUGGAUACUUCUUCUACAAGGGAAGAUGGGAAGCUGAAAAGCUCGCUGAUAACGUAUCAAAAAUGAGCGACGCGGAAGACGAAGGAGUGUCCACGAUCUCACUGAAAGUAAAAACAACAACUGCAGCUUAUGAUGUUCAAGUUAGAGCUGAUGCUACGAUUUCAGAUGUCAAAGAUGUCUUAGUGUCUAAGCUGAAUAAUGUCGAAAAAUCUCUUCUCUGCUUGAUUUUUUCUGGAAAGAUUCUUAAAGAUCACGAAAAAUUGGAAACUCAUAAUAUUGGUGAUGGCAUGGCAUUGCACCUUGUUGUUCGACAAGGCCAAAAUCGCUCUGGACAUGCGAAUACUACCGCAAACCAAACUACUACGAAUCCGUCAUCCAAUCCCAGCCAGGCAUCCGGCGGCUCAACAAUGGCUAGUAACCUGUUCGGUGGGGAAAUUCCUGCAGGAGGCCCUCAAGCAAUGGCUCAGCAAAUGAUGAAUAAUCCAGAAAUGAUGCGUCAAAUGAUGGAUAAUCCUAUUAUGCAAAACAUUAUGGGAAAUCCUGAAAUUUUCCGAUCACUGCUUGCCAACAAUCCUCAAAUUCAGCAGCUUAUCGAGCGAAAUCCUGAGCUCGGUCAUGUCUUGAACGACCCUGAUAUGAUGCGACAAACGAUGGAAAUGAUUCGCAAUCCCAACAUGUUCCAAGAAAUGAUGCGCAAUCAUGACCUCGCAAUACGCAACCUGCAGGGUAUUCCUGGAGGUGAGGCUGCAUUACAGCGUUUGUACCAAGAUGUCCAGGAACCUCUUCUCAACAGCGCUACAAGUUCUCUGGCUGGUAAUCCUUUUGCAUCGUUGCGUCGAGGAGAAGACACAACGGCUUCGCGAAGUCAGCGAGCUGGUCAAGAAAAUAGCGAAGCUUUGCCAAAUCCAUGGGGUAGUAGUGGCUCAGCGAAUGCUCAGCAGAACUCGCAAAGCAACACCGCUGGAGCAACUGGUCCUGAAGGAGGGCUAGCAUCGCUUCUUGGGUCUUCUGGAAUGAAUUCUUUGAUGGAACAGAUGAUGUCUGAUCCAGCUCUUAUGCAAUCUCUGAUGCGACCUGAAAUGAUGGACUUGUUUAGACAAAGUAUUUCCCAAAACCCACAAGUCGUUCAACAGAUUAUGGAACAAAACCCGUUGGUUGCAAAUAACCCUCAACUUGCCGAGCAACUGCGUGCGCAGCUCCCGAAUAUGAUGAACAUGAUGUCAAAUCCUGACGUGUUGGCUGCCAUGUCGAAUCCUCGUGUGUUGGAGGCACUACGCAUGGUUCAACAGGGCAUGGAUAUACUCCGACGAGAGGCACCGGCUCUAGCAGGGAUGUUUGGAAGUGGUUUCUCUAAUGUACCAGCUGCGAAUGCUCAACGUAAUGCAUCAUCGGGGAAUAACGAAGAUCCGGUAAAUGCAUUAAACGCCAUGUUUGCUGGAAUGAAUACCACAGCGGAUCCAGAAGUACUCUACGCGUCACAAUUGGAGCAGCUGGCUGGUAUGGGUUUUUCGAAUAGGGCACAAAACAUUGCCGCAUUGCGUGCUUCUUUUGGAGAUUUGAAUGCAGCUGUGGAACGUCUUCUAAACUCGCCAUGA